AUGGUUGCCUUCAAGAAUAUCUUCAUCGCCUCCAUGGCUUUGGUUGCACCGAUUGCAGCACAACUCACUCCGACUCAGGUCACAGCCAACAUCAAUAUGCUCACCCAGAAAAGUCAGGCCCUUCAAGGUCCAGCCCAGAGCAUUUCAAUCCUCAAUGGUCCCCUGAUCCUUAUUGGCCAAGGACCCUUUCCGCAAAUCAUCCAGGGAUUCGCUGACAUUGUGUCUACGGCUACUGCAUCUGUACAGCAGAUGCAAGGCAUGCAACCGGUCGCCGCCGGAGCUGAUAGUGAUGCCAUCUUCAAUGCUUUUCGCGAGUUCGUUCGAGUCCACCAAGCACUUUUGAACAUCCUCAUUGGCAAGGCAGGAUUGUUCAGCACCGUUCCCUUCAUUGGACAACCUAUCUCGGCUGUUCUCAGACAGGUUGAAGGUAUUGUUGAUACCAUUGCUUUCAGCCUAAUCGACUCAGUCCAAUCCCGUGCUACGGACAUCCAAGCUCAAGCUGCAUCUCUGGACGGAACACUUUCCAUAUGUAUCACCAAAUACGACGGUCUUAGUCUUUCGAAGAGAUCGCUCAGGUUUGCCCGCCGUGAGCAAGCAGUAGCUGCUUGA